AUGUCCGUCACGGGUCCUGGUGCUAAUAUUAGCGCAAUACAGCGGUUGUCUGAGCUGGAGCUACAGACUGGCGCUAUCGGAGAGAGUUCAUGGCACAAUCGGUACAAGGACUCGUGUUAUAUCUACAUUGGAGGACUUGACAAAAGGAUGACAGAAGGCGACAUUAUAAUCGUCUUUUCGCAAUUUGGCGAACCCAUAGACAUUAAUCUCAAGAGAAACGGUAAAACUGGAGAAUCUCUGGGUUACUGUUUUCUUGGCUACAAGGACCAGAGGAGUACGAUCUUGGCGGUAGAUAAUUUUAACGGGUCCACAUUGCUAGGAAGAAGGAUAAGAGUGGAUCACGUAUUGGAUUACAAGGCGCCUGUGAUCUAUGAGGACGAGUGCGACGAGGACGGUAACAAAAUCCGCAAGGAAUAUAAGCCUACGGGAGCAGAAGGUUCAGGCAUUGACAAGUUUUACGUUACUGAAAGCGAAGCCAUGUUAAAGGAGACUGUUAAAAAGGCUCCAAAGGAAGAGCCGGAGAUGGACGAAGAUGAAAAAUGGGCCCUGGAAUUCGAGAGGAAUCUCAGAAACAACAGAGACUAUAGCCAAAGUAGGGAUAGUUCUCACAGCAUAGAUAGACAUCUCGUGGCAAACACAGAUCGCACGACCGACACAAAGCACAUCGCAGACAUGAACAUAGGGAACGUUCUCGUGAUAGACAUCGAUCGCGUAGUAGACGGCGCAGUCGAUCUCAUGAUAGGCACAGAUCACGCGAGAGAUCUCGGUCCCAUGGGAGGCAUGGUAGCAGACGCCACGGAAGACACGAGGAAGAAAGAAGAAGCGAACGGAGACGCUACCAUAGACAUUGAUGAAGAUUAUGAGAAGAAGGACUAG